UUACGAAGAGAGUGGCGCGCACGCACGGAUAGUCGCGAAAUAACGUCAGUCAGUGUUUUGUUGGCCGAGGAGACUGCUGUGCCGUUGCCCUAAUGUGGUCUCGACGCGAGUUGUAAAUAAAUAAAACUAGUUUUUAAAUAUCAACCAGAAGACAAGUAUAAUGGAGAUGCAAGACCACAAUAAUGAGAAUGGCACAAAAAAGCCAGACACCGCUCCCCAGAUGGAUAUGAUACAAAGAAUAACUGGAAGUUUUGGAAGAUUUCAGCUCUUAAUAUGUUUUUUCAUAUUCCUAAGUAAAUUUCCUGUGGCUUUUCAUCAAAUGGCUAUAAUAUUUUUGGCGCCUAAGACACCAUAUACAUGCCUUGACGACAACAACAGCACAGAUGCGUGUCCUUGCGCCCAUCCAGAAUAUGACACUUCUGUCUUCACCUCAACUAUUAUAUCAGAAUGGGAUCUGAUAUGUGAUAAAAAAUGGCUUACCAGUUUUACACAAACAUUGUUCCAGUUAGGAACGCUGAUAGGCAGCGUCAUAUUUGGGAUGGCGGCAGACAGGUUUGGAAGGAAGAAACCUCUGUUGCUUGGAGUAGUCAUACAAGUGACGAUGGGCGUCGGAGCCACGUAUGCAACAGACUUUUGGACCUUUACUAUAUUACGAUUCUUCGUGGGAUUGUCUGUGGGGGGCACUAUGGUCACAGGGUUCGUCAUUGUGAUGGAAACUGUUGGCACGCAGUACCGGGACACCAUAUCGGCGCUCUACCAAGUACCUUUCAAUUUGGGACACAUGCUGCUGCCAGUGUUUGGCUACUUUUUCAGAGACUACACAGCGUUCCAACUGGCCAUUUCAGUACCUGGAGUGGUUUUGCUUUCGUACUUCAUCAUAGUUCCUGAAUCACCGAGGUGGUUGAUUGCUGUUAGAAGAACAGACCAAGCCAUCCACAUUUUAGAACGCAUUGCUAAAGUGAAUGGGCGACCAACAGAAAACAUAAAAUCGGACGUGGAAAGUUUUCAAGCUGCAGUGGAGAAAAAUAACCUAAAGAAAGGAAACAUACUGGAUCUGGUUCGGACUCCAAACUUACGUAAAAACAUAAUUGCUAUGUCACUUAACUGGUUGACUUGUGGGUACUGUUUCUACGGGGUGUCGCAGUACGUAGGUCAAUUGAGCGGAAAUAUCUUCGUGAACGUAGCAGCCAGCGCCAGUGUAACUUUACUGGGCACUUUCGCCGCUGUAUUUCUUUUGAAGAUUAUUGGCAGAAAGACCAUUGUUAUUGUUUUCAAUUUUAUUUGUGCGUUAUGUCUAAUAGUUCUGGCUGUGAUACCCGAAGGCGUAGGUUCCGUGGUGUGUGCAAGUAUAGGCGUCGUAGCUAGUUUUAUAGUAUUUGUUGUAGUUUAUUUGUAUUGUUCGGAGCUGUUUCCGACGGUAGUUAGAAACGCGGCUCUUGGAACAUCGUCGAUGAUGGCUCGCGUGGGGUCCAUGGUGGCUCCGUUUGUGAUCGAGUCGAAGGACGUGGCCGCGUGGUUGCCACCAAUAUUGUUCGCUAUAUUACCCCUAUUAGCCGGUUUUAUGACAUUCAUCAUGCCCGAAACCAAAGGUUGCGAACUGAUGACCACAAUAGAAGAAGGAGAACGGUUCGGAAAGAAAGAGAAAAAGUAAGUCUCUAAUGCAUU